AUGACCGAGCCUGAUAACUUCAUUAGUACCUAUGAUGAGAAAUCUAACCCCGUUGAUAUCCCAUACCCAUUGACGAAUGGUGCUCCCAUGCAUCCCAGCGAAGUCAUCAGGAUUCACAACAAAGGCGAACUCUUCUUUCGCUGCGCCCAUGGAAUGAUUUGCGAGGCUUGGCAAAUAAAUCACCGAUGUGGAUUCUACGUCAAGCUAAACGAUAUUUAUGGCCCGUUGCACCAAGCACACCAGCUGAAAGCUUCCCGCACAAUGGAGCCUUAUCCUUCUCCCCCUCAGUCUCGGAAGCGGCCCUCCUCCUUGAUGGAACUUCCCAAUACACCCACGAAACGCUCCAAGAAGAUUGGAAAACAAACGGCCAAGAAUACCAUUCCAACGCCCUUCCCCGUUGAUCCCAAUCCUCCUUCAACCAGUUAUCCUAAAGGGUCCUAUUAUCUACUCCCUCCAUUUGAAGACAAUGGAUUUCUGUAA